UAUAAUUCACAACUUGCAGAGAAUAUAUACAUAUAUAUUUAUUUAGUUCGAUAAUACUUGUAAUAAAGGUCUAAUGUCGAAUGGAUUACAAUUGCCUAAAUUUCAAUUAUUUCUAAUCUGCGCAUGUCGUUUUGCAGUAAAAACAAAAAUCUAUUAAAAAUACACACAAAUAGAUAAACUGAGUCAUAUAUAUUUUACAUACAUAUAUAUACAUAUUUUCACAUAUUAUAUGUAUAGGAGCCUAUAUCUUUUAGUAUACACGUUCCAUUCAUUUAUUUUAUGAUUCGGGAUUUCAAAAUGACAGAUGAACUCUCUAUAGGAUAUUAUGCGAGCCUUAUUUCAUCAACAUUUGCAAUAGCACAGUUUAUAUCAAGUGUCCCAUGGGGAUUGAUCUCAGACCGAAUAGGUCGCAAGCCUGUUGUUUUAAUAGGUCUUGCUUCAACAUCUAUUGGUGUAUUACUAUUUGGCUUAUCGAAAUCUUUUACUUGGGCAUUAGCCACUAAAAUAGUCUCAGGUUUAUUUAAUGGCAAUAUAAGUAUAUUUAAAAGUAUGAUAGCUGAAAUGACAGAGAACCAUUCUUCAGCACAAAAAACUCGGGCAUUUUCAUUAUUACAGGUGACUUUCGGAUUAGGUAGCAUUGUAGGUGCUACUUUAGGUGGUUAUUUAUCAGAACCUGUACGUAAAUACCCAUAUUUAUUUAAAGACGGCAAUUUUGCUACUGGUUUUCUAUUGGAUUACCCCUAUUUUUUACCAUGUUUUGUGGCGACCUGUAUAUCAAGUUUCUGUUGGCUUUUAGGUUUUUUAUUUAUGAAAGAAAGUUUGCCACAAAGCUAUUUAGAUACAACAAAAAUCUUUGAAGAAGAACGAUCUCUAUUGAUGUCUAUUAAUGAAAAUGAGACAUAUCAUACAUACCCACUUAUGGACGAAUCCAGAAAUAAUACAUCUAUUUGUAAGAUACUUACUCCUCCAAUACUAACUAUUUGCAUUUUAUAUGCAGUCACUGCUUUUCAAAUGCUUUAUUUUGAUGAAUUACUUCCUAUUUGGUCUGCAACACCUAAAGAUCUAGGUGGUCUUGAAUUUGAAUCAAAAGAAAUUGGAUCUAUUUUGUCCUACACUGGAUGUGUCACACUAUUCUUUCAACUAUUUUUAUUACACAAAGCGACCACUCUCUUUAGUUUGCUUCACUUGUAUCAAAUCUCUUUAUUAUUAAGUAUCUUUGUUUUCUUCUCUCAGGGUUUAUGUCGAUUUUUAUAUUAUUUGCCUCCUGUUCCCUUCUUGACUCAUAUCUCCUCAACAAAGCUUUGGGUUUGGAUUGGUUUAGUAGCUUGCUUAACUCUCAAAUCAUUAGCACAAACAAUGGGCGUCACGACAGCUGUUAUUUUACUUAAUAACUCUAUUAAAAGACAUGAUACACUAGGAUUUAUUAAUGGAUUCUCUCAAUCCUGUAAUGCUGCAAUGCGAGCAUUGAGCCCUAUUAUUGCUGGUUAUAUCUGGUCAAGAUCUAUUGCUAUAAAAUGGAUUCCAUUAGAUAUUCGAGCUUAUAUAAGUUGGAGCAUUUUAGGUUUAUUUGGUCUUGCUACGUUUUUGGCUGGUAUGCAACUCGAUCCUGUCAAUUAUAAUAAGUCAUCUCUUGAAAACAAUUAAAGAUAUACAUGUGGAGAUUGUACUUUUAAAAAAAAAA